AUGGUCAUGGCCGUUAUUGGCGUUGUCCCCAUCCUCGCCCUCUCCUCGACGCUGCUCCCGCUGGUGAAGGCAUACUCAUUCAACAUACAAUCCACCCCCCGCCAAUGUCAGAACUUGACUGUCACAAUUACCGGCGAUGGUGGACAAGCUCCUUACAGACUCCUUAUCAUACCCUUUGGUCCCUCGCCGCUACCAAAUAAUACUGAAGUUCGGCGCAUACAAGACGUUGCAUUUGGAGCUGGUCAGACGACGUUAUCUUUUCAGUUGAGAUAUCCGGAGAAUUCCCAGUUUGUCGCUGUGGUCAGUGAUGCCUCUGGUUUUGGAACAGGAGGCACUAGCGUCGCGGCGACUGUGCUAGCGGCUGACGGAGCCGGGUCGUGUUUCGACGCAUCGACCAACGUAUCUCCCGACUUCGUUUUCUCCAUCGAACCCCCGAAUCAAAUCGUACAGUGCGCCGCUACUCGAAUAUGGUGGGACAACUCGACAGUUCAGGGCGUUCCUUCCUUCCUGGGCAUCAUCCCCGGUGGCCAAUCCUUCUCUGUCCCCCAAGGCUCCCUCAGCAACGUGCCCUCACAAGGAACUGGGUUCUCGUGGACGCCCUCUGUCCGUGCUGGCACGACCCUCAUCAUCGCUGGCGGGGACAAUCGUGGCGCAGGCUCCGCAGGAUCGUCGCUAAACACCGUUUCAGCGGGUAUCAACCCGAACAAUGACUGUCUCAAUGACAACAGUCCGAGUAGUACGCCGGGCAGUCCGGCAGGUGGUAGCUAUCCUACAAAUACAAGUGGAGCGCAAGUGGGAGGCGGAGGAGGUGGCUCCUCGAAUACAGGCGCCAUAGUUGGUGGUGUCAUCGGUGGAGUUGUUGCUCUAGCCGCCCUCAUCCUAGCCUUGUUCUUCUUCCGACGGCGUUCGCAGAACAAGCAAUCAACCAAGGAACGCCCAGUCGAUCUCCUCCAAGAUGACGACGAUACAGGACAUCGCGGCGAACUCCCUCAGUAUUAUCAACCCGAGCCGUUCAUGAUGCCUGAGCCAUCUGCUCGUGUGUCCACUGAUGCUGGCAGCAUUGCUGCCCAAACAGAUGACAGGGGACGCCCGCUUAGCGGCGUUACGAGCACCAGCCGAAGUGGCACACCCGACCUCCUUGGUUUCGGUGCUGCUGGAACUGCCGCAACCUCGACGAGCGGCAGCUCAAGUGGCCGAAAGUCAGGCAUGCCCCGCCCCCUCCGCGCGGUCAACAUCAUCCAGCACGAAGACGCGGGUCCCAGCGAUGCCCCGAAAGCCGACGAAGACGAACCCGAAACAAUCGAGCUCCCCCCUGCGUACACGAACAUCCGCUCCGAAACGCCCACACGACCUGCAUAA